AGCAACUCAAUUGCAGCCAGAUAAUGCAACUAAGUCCUACAUAACUGUUCAAUGCAACCCAUAUCGCAGUGCAAACAUGUGUGAUUAAAUAACCGAAGUCUCCUUUGGACAGUGCAUUUUGUGUUAAAUAAUUGUAUUUUUUUCUUUUAUGUUUUGUUGCGCGUACCACACAAAACUUUGCACACAUUCCGUUGGAGUUGUUGUACCCGGCACAUUUGUUAGUUGCAUUCACAGUUGCAGUUGUGUAUGCAAUAAAUAAUCGCAUCAAGUGCAGCAAUAUACAAUAUAUACAGAUAAUAAAGGGACCCCGCUUCCGUAGCCUACAGUCGAAAUGGACGCACAUGCUCAUCACGCACACCACGCCCACGCAGAUCCCAAUGUUGAGCUGAUUGAUCAUUCCUUGCACAUGAUGGAUUCAACGACGCUGAGUCCACCACUGGUGACGCCACACGCUGAUCCCGAUAUGAGCAUGCAUGCGCAUCAUCAUCAUGCUGGCGGCACAGGCACCGGAAUGGAGCACAUGAUGUCCAUGGCGUUCCACUUUGGCUACAAUGAGACCAUAUUGUUCUCGUGGUGGCACAUCGAAACAGUGGCUGGUCUCGUUGGCUCCAUGAUCGCCAUUUUUCUGCUGGCGCUGCUCUAUGAGGGUCUCAAAUACUAUCGCGAGUAUCUCUUCUGGAAGACGUACAAUCUGCUGGAGUAUCGCCCGGUUACGGGGCCGCAACGCAAUCCCGAAGCACCCCGCAUGCCCCCUGCAGCUGCCGCAGCGCCUUCUCCCGUGCAAUAUGUUGGCGAAGUUGUGCACAAGCAACCACCGACGAUGCUGUCCAUCAAUCAUUUGUACCAGACGCUGCUGCACGUGCUCCAGGUGACGCUCUCCUUCCUGCUCAUGUUAAUCUUUAUGACAUACAAUGUGUGGCUCUGCCUAAUGGUUGUGUUGGGCGCCGGCAUUGGAUAUUUUCUAUUCUGCUGGAAGAAAUCGGUCAUUGUCGAUGUGACGGAGCAUUGUCACUAGCAGCGAACUACCAGGGACACAGAUAACAACACAACCAGGGAGCCGUUCAUCCACUCCAGCCAGCUGUGUCUCACAGAUGAAGCAUCGCCAUGAGAGCAGCGAAACGGAGCCAGAAAAGAAAA